AUGUCAAGUCAAAAAUCUUAUCACACCAAAGCGACAGGAGAUGCUGCCGUCACGGUAGCCAACCAUUUAGCAGAGACAUCUCUCAAGCUCUAUGGAAGCUGUUUCUGUCCUUUCGUGCAAAGAGUGUGGAUAGCCCUCGAGGCCAAGGAGAUGCCCUAUCAAUACAUCGAAGUCGACCCGUACGAGAAGCCGCAGUCCUUGCUUGAAGUGAACCCACGAGGGCUUGUUCCAGCCCUGCGACACGGCGACUGGGGCUGUUAUGAAAGCAACAUCCUCAUGGAAUAUCUUGAAGACUUGAAGGGCGGUACGCCACUUCUGCCUGAUGAUCCAAAGACACGCGCGCAUUGCCGACUGUGGGCAGACCAUAUCAAUCGGAACGUUGUGCCAGGAUUCUAUCGGCUCUUGCAAGAACAGGACCCUGACAAACAGGUGGAGCAUGCCAUGGAGCUGCGAAAAGCUUUUGACACGCUGAUAAAGGCUGCCGAUGCCAAAGGACCCUUUUUCUUGGGCCCAGACAUCUCAUUCGUGGACGUCCAAGCUGCUCCUUGGGUAAUUCGGCUUCGCCGAGUUAUGAAGCCGUAUCGGGGAUGGCCGGAUGCCGAGGAUGGCACGCGAUGGGCGGAGUGGGUGAAUGCAAUCGACUCCAACAAGCAUGUCCAGGCGACCACGAGCACGGAUGAGCUUUAUCUGGACAGCUAUGCACGAUAUGCUGAGAAUCGACCCAACACGUCACAGGUCGCAAAUGCAAUCAACUCGGGCCGAGGACUUCCAUGA